CCAUGCUCACGAGCGACCCCCCCAAGCUCAACGCCUUCAUCAUGGACAAGUCGCUCCUGGACUACGAGGUCUCCAUCGACGCCGACUGCGAACUACUGACCGUGGGCAAGCCUUUCGCCAUAGAGGGCUACGGCAUCGGACUCCCUCAGAACUCGCCGCUUACCUCCAACCUGUCCGAGUUCAUCAGCCGCUACAAGUCCUCCGGCUUCAUCGACUUGCUGCACGACAAGUGGUACAAGAUGGUGCCUUGUGGGAAGCGCGUCUUCGCCGUUACAGAGACGCUGCAGGUGGGCAUCUACCACUUCUCGGGACUCUUCGUGCUGCUCUGCCUGGGGCUCGGCAGCGCGCUGCUCAGCUCCCUGGGGGAGCAUGUCUUCUACCACCUGGUGCUCCCGCGCAUGCGAAGGGGCAGCAAGCUGCAGUACUGGCUGCACACGAGCCAGAGAAUCCACCGUGCGCUCAACACAGAGCCUCCAGAAGGACAGGAAGAGCCAGAGCCCAGGGCUCCCGAGGAGAAGCAGCAGGACGCGCCUGCGGCCUCUGCAGGCGCGGGGGGCUGGACGCAGGCGCGCCGGGCCGUGGCGAGGGAGCGUCGUGUGCGCUUCCUCCUGGAGCCCGGUGUGGUCGCCGCGGCGCCGGACUCGGAGGCCGGGCCCCUGGAAGGCCCCGUCGGGCUGCCCUCCAAUGGCCGCCUGCCAGCUGCGCCGCCCUCUGGCGCCCCGGGCCCCGGCGAGCUGGAGCGGCUGGAGCAGCGCAUUCGGAGUGCGCGGGAGCGGCUGUGCCAGGCCCUGGCACGGCGUGCAGAGCUCCUGGCUCAGCUCGGGGAUGGCCCGGGGACCAGCUCUGAAGCAGCGGAAGCCACCGGGUGACUGGUCCGGAGGAAGGCAGCCGCCCCCCCCCUCCACCGCCGGUUCCGGGGACCCCACCCCAGAGGCUGCACCGAGGCCGUCGGGGCAAGCACAGGCUCCUCCCAGUCCUCGCGCACGCGCACGCACACGCACACGCCCUGCAGGCCGCCGUCAACAGUUUAUUGUAUAUAUAAACACAAUUUUGUGCACUGCAAUUAAAUAGGAUGGAAUGAG